CCCUGGAGAUUUCUUUACUCAUGCAUAUUGAUAUAGGUACAGUAUCUAAGUGCCUUUGCAAUUAAAUCAGGUAUAUUAUGGAAGAAGAAAGAAAGAGAGACUUCAGCUGAGGUGAAAUGAAAAUACUUGGAGGAGAGCAAAGUGAGGAGAGAGGACCUGUGUGGCAGAUGGGGGGAAAUAUAUCCACUUAAAAAGCAGCUCUACCAAUGAAGCACAGAAAGCAUGGAUAAAAUACAAGGAAAUCUAUGGAGCCAUCAGAAUCUAUGCUGCAGCCUGAGUUAAACAGAUGGAAUUUGAUUUUCUUGCAAUUGCUAUGGACCGAGAAUAACAACUCUGAAAUCGAUGAGGAUGUGGAAAGGCUGAGCUGACUCACUGCUGUUGACUCCAUGACCUGCUUCCCAUUUCAACAGCCACCUGUUUAAAAAGUUUAGUAGCUGACAUUAUAUCCCCUGGGAUCGUCUGAGCAGUGGACCAGUAAAAAGCAAACCAAAAGCAGUGGCUGGCACUUUUCCUCUACGUUGUGAGAGAGAGAGAAUUGGCUGGAAUUGCUUUCCAUAUAGCUGGCUUGAAAUGCAGCAUUGAAAAGUCUUCCUCAGUCAGGGACUUGGUGCUUCUCCCUGGUGGCUGGCCUGGCUGGCAGCCUCCAAGUGAUGCUCCUAGAGCUCCUGUCAACCUCCUAGAGCUGUCUCCUGUCUCUUCACCAGUCAGCCCUGAAGUGAGCCAGGUUCUCUGGCUUUCUUCCCCCUCCAGGCCCAACAUUGGCUGCAGAGUCCAUAGUUCAAGAUAUUCCGUGGACUGCAGCUACUGCCUGCUAGUAUUUGAAGGCCUGUGGAAAGACAGAGGACAUGCCAGCAGCUGUCAAGCUUGACUUAACAUCUAUAUUGUUUCUCAGUUCACUAAGGGAAAUGAAUGGAGCAGAUUGUUGAUCUUUGCACUAUAAGAAUGUGGUCAUGAUUUCGAGAAACAACUGCCCAUCUGUCUCUGGAGUCAUUUCUGAGUGCAGUUUGUACUUCCUUUGGGAUGGUGGGGAAGGAGAGCUUUAGAGAUUUGAAAUGAAAAAAAAAAAGUAAAUGGGACAAAAUCAUCUAUUGAGUAAAAUCCAUUGAUUGCAAUGAAGUUACACCAGGGAUGUUUGUCGCCCAGUAAUUCCAUGGUGUAGAAUUGUACAUCGGACAGGCUCUGACUGUGAUGGCCUUAUGUAGACAGUGAUGUUGUUUCUUGAAAUCUCUUGAUUGUGUGUGGUCCCAGAAUUGCAGCAUUAAUUGUACUCGUAGCGUGAUAGCAUUUCCUCCUGAGUAGGAUUGAUACUGAACACCUAUCCUGAGAUUGACAUUGUCCCAGUUUGUCAGGGUGACCGCAGAGCCCAUAAGCACAGUUAGAGAUUACUUUAGGGAGUCCUGAAACAUAAUUAGUGUGUUGAUGUAUGUGACACCUUGGAGUGAUGUUUGAAGCACAGCUUUUUCUGUCUGCCAGGCCAGUAAAUAAUAUCCAGUGUUUCCAUUCAUGUAAAGCAUAACAGGUAAGCAAAAUACACAGAGAAAUGUUUUUAAUUCAACCACAUGGUUCAAAAAUCUUUGGGCUAAAUUUUAAAUAUGACACACACCGAGUUCUAUGAACCGAGAACUGUCAAAUUGCAUGUCAAAUUGGGCAGGUAAUUUUACUAGUACACUUAUUAUCACUUCAGUAGGCAGCACUUAAGAGCAUAAACUUUAUUGCAGGCUAAAUGAGAGAGCAAAGAUAACUUGGCGGCUUUGGAUCAUGGUCAUCUAGUGAAGCAGACUGUGGUUUGCACCUGUAAGUUUUCACCUCUAGAUUGUGGUCGCUGAUUUGAUCCUUGGCGAUCAGUUUGUGCUCUUCUCCUGAAGGAACCUUUUCUGUGUCUCAUAUGAGGAAACUGAGGCACAGCGAGUUUUGAGUAACUUGUCCAAAUUCACACAGCAAAUCAUUGGCAGAGCCGGGAAGAUAACUUGGGAAUCCUGGAUCUCAGGCCCAUGCUCUAACCACUAGGCCACGCUGCCUCUCCAAAUGAGGAGAUAGUAACAACAAACAUCACAUUCCUUAUGUGUUCAAAGACACUUGAUCUCCACCUUUGGUGCCCCACAGCAACAUGAGUACAGACACAGCCUCUCUCUGUCCCCUGCCCCAAUGAAUGUCUGCACUAGGGCCAAGGCUUGGAGUGAUUUACCUGAAGAGUGACACCAUUUGGAAACCACUGAAGAAACCCAAGACAGCUGAAAACCAGAAGGCGUCUGAGAAGAAUGAGAUUACUCAGACGGGUGCAAGCAGCGCCAAGCCAGGCCUUCCCUGCCUGAACCUUGAAGCUGUUCCGCCUCUGAGCCCAGCCCUCACCCACUCAUCACAGUCACCAACAAACCUGCCCGCACACACAGGGUCAUCUGAUUGUAACAUCAGUUGCAAGGGGAUGACAGAGCGCAUUCACAGCAUCAACCUUCACAACUUCAGCAAUUCUGUGCUCGAGACCCUCAACGAGCAGCGCAACCGUGGCCACUUCUGUGACGUGACGGUCCGCAUCCACGGGAGCAUGCUACGCGCCCACCGCUGCGUGCUGGCAGCUGGCAGCCCCUUCUUCCAGGACAAGCUGCUGCUGGGGUACAGCGACAUCGAGAUCCCCUCAGUGGUGUCGGUCCAGUCCGUGCAAAAGCUCAUUGACUUCAUGUACAGUGGGGUGCUGCGAGUCUCACAGUCAGAGGCCCUGCAAAUCCUCACAGCUGCCAGCAUCCUGCAGAUCAAGACUGUAAUUGAUGAAUGCACAAGGAUCGUCUCGCAGAAUGUAGGGGAGGUCUACCCAGUGAUUCAGGACUCUGGGCAGGAGACGCCCAGGGGGACCCCCGAAUCGGGCACCUCAGGGCAGAGCAGCGACACAGAGUCUGGCUACCUGCAGAGCCACUCGCAGCACAGCGUGGACAGGAUCUACUCGGCUCUCUAUGCCUGUUCCAUGCAGAAUGGCAGUGGGGAGCGCUCCUUCUACAGCGGAGCAGUGGUCAGCCACCAUGAAACGGCCCUGGGGCUCCCCAGAGACCAUCACAUGGAAGACCCCAGCUGGAUUACACGGAUCCACGAGCGCUCACAACAGAUGGAGCGGUACCUCUCCACCACUCCAGAGACCACACACUGCCGCAAGCAACCACGCCCAGUCCGGAUCCAGACCCUGGUGGGCAACAUCCACAUCAAACAGGAGAUGGAGGAUGACUAUGACUACUAUGGCCAGCAGAGGGUGCAGAUCCUGGAGCGUAAUGAGUCUGAGGAAUGCACUGAGGACACUGACCAAGCAGAAGGCACUGAGAGUGAGCCCAAGGGGGAGAGUUUUGACUCUGGAGUCAGUUCCUCCAUUGGGACUGAGCCAGAUUCCAUGGAGCAGCACUUCAUGGCUAACUUGGGCCGAGAGGGUCAGCAGGAACCUUCCCAGGCAGAGCAAAAUGAAGUCCCUGCUGAAGGCACACAGACCCAGCCGCAACACCUAGAUGCCAACACUUCCUCGCCAGACAGAAGCAAUGACAUUGAAAUGGACAGCAAAGUGGUCACUGUCAGUAACAACAGCGAAAAGGGGGCCUUGCAGCCUUCUGUCAACACAACAGUUGCCCAACCAUUGCCAAGCACCCAGCUUUACUUACGCCAGACAGAAACCCUCACCAGCAAUCUGAGGAUGCCGCUGACCCUGACCAGCAACACACAGGUCAUUGGCACAGCUGGCAACACCUACCUGCCCGCCCUCUUUACCACACAGUCUGCUGGCAGUGGACCUAAACCUUUCCUUUUCAGCCUGCCCCAGCCCUUAGCUGGCCAACAGACACAGUUUGUGACAGUGACCCAGCCUGGCCUGUCAACCUUUACUGCCCAGCUGCCAGCCCCACAGCCCUUGGCCCCAUCUGCGGGCCACAGCACAGCAGGUGGACAGGGUGAAAAAAAGCCUUACGAGUGCACUCUCUGCAACAAGACUUUCACCGCCAAACAGAACUACGUCAAGCACAUGUUUGUACACACAGGUGAGAAGCCCCACCAAUGCAGCAUCUGUUGGCGCUCCUUCUCCUUAAAGGAUUACCUAAUCAAACACAUGGUGACGCACACCGGCGUGAGGGCCUACCAGUGCAGCAUCUGCAACAAGCGCUUCACCCAGAAGAGCUCCCUCAACGUGCACAUGCGCCUCCACCGGGGGGAGAAGUCCUACGAGUGCUACAUCUGCAAGAAGAAGUUCUCCCACAAGACCCUUCUGGAGAGGCACGUGGCUCUGCAUAGUGCCACCAACGGCACCACCGGCGCAGCAGGCACCGGCACCAGGCCUGUCCCUGCCGGGGUGGUGGCCUGCACGGAGGGGACCACAUACGUCUGCUCUGUCUGUCCAGCUAAGUUUGACCAAAUCGAGCAUUUCAACGACCACAUGAGGAUGCAUGUGUCAGACGGAUAAGUAGAAUCUCUGUCUCUUUGUUAUGAACAAAAAAAAAUAGAAACAACAACAAAAAAGCUAUGGCACUAGAAUUUAAGAAAUGUUUUUGUUUCCU